AUGCGAUUUCUAACAUGGAACCAGGAUGGCCAGAUUGUCCUCUCCAGGAAAUACAAUAGUCGCGAGGAUAAGCCACCAUAUGCCAUCUUAUCACACACAUGGGAAGAAGACAACGAAAAGGAAGUCAAAUAUAACGAAGUCGGGACAGCAGCAGGAGCUAAGAAGCCUGGAUGUGCCAAAAUUCAGUUCUGCGCGGAGCAGGCGGCAGAAGAUGGCAUCGACUACUUUUGGAUAGAUACCUGCUGCAUCAACAAGGCUGAUCUUACAGAAUUGAGCGAGGCCAUCAACUCUAUGUUCAGAUGGUACCAGAACGCGGAGAAAUGCUAUGUCUAUCUGUCUGAAGUAAAGAGUGAACCAGGUUGGGAGUUUGCCUUCAAAGACAGUCGCUGGUUCAAGCGAGGGUGGACACUGCAGGAACUUCUUGCUCCACAGGAGGUCGAGUUCUUCUCGUCUGACAAAAUGAAGUUGGGAAGCAAGGCGUCACUUAUCACGCAGAUUCAUGAGAUCACCGAAAUCCCCGAGUUGGCGCUACAUGGAGAGCCUCUCUUACAAUUUCCGCCUGCGGAAAGACUACGCUGGGCUAAAGACCGCAAGACGAGUGUAGAAGAGGAUGAGGCUUACUGCCUACUCGGCAUAUUUGGUGUCUUUAUGCCACUGAUAUAUGGCGAGGGUAGCCAGCAUGCCAAGGCACGGCUGAAGAAGGAAUACCACAGCAUACACUUGACGCAGCCACAAGUGGUCAAGUUGCACGAUAGUGGGAAUCUCAGCAACAGAUUGUUCCAUCGCGACCAAGUCAAUUCAAGCAAAACGGAGAUCUCAAUCGGCUUGACAGACAUGUGGGAGAAGAUGGGCUUCGGAAGGAAUAUUCGGACACGAGCGAAUGCUUCCUCUUCAAACUGUUUGCUGACGAUCGAUUCUUGGCCCGAUACUGUGCUGUUUAGGGCUGGAAUCACGUUACUAGCUCUUUCACAAGAUAACCGGGACUUUCAAGUGGGAGCCUGGUCCAAUAGCUUCCCAUGCGAUUGGCCACGUUCUACUACCAAAUUUCCAUCGCCUUUUGAAGAGCCUCCAAGAGUGCUUGUUUGGUUAUCGGGUUUCGACGCCGGUGACACGCAGAAUCUCCGCAUUGAUGCGACCGUUACAGAUAUAACGCCAGAGUCUUUCCAGCUCCAUGUCACGCCGUGGGAUGCAAGCAAGCUAUAUUUCGCGAGUGCGACUUGGAUAGCUUACAGAGCUGACCUAAAAGGUGUUGCAAGUGGUACAAUUGCCACUUUGAAUUACAGGGUCAACACGAAAAUUGUGGCUUCAGAUGAUGGUAUCGUAAAGUUUGAGAAGCCCUUUCCGAGAGCACCUAAAGUGGCUAUUGCCGUGAAUCGUUUAGACUACUCGGUUCACCGUGACCUAUGUUUUCGAGCUUAUGUGGACAACGUGACGGCUGAUGGUUUCCAGUGGAAGAUGAGUCACGAGUUCAAUGCUGUUUGCUUCACGGCGGGCCUCAGUUGGAUAGCACUUGACACGAUGGAUGUUGAUGUCGAUCUCUAUCAGGCUGCCUUCAGCAGAGGAGGCCGAGAUUGGGAAUGCACCAAGAAGAACUCGUGA